AGCUACCUGAGAAGCAAUACCCAAGACCAGCACAACUGAUAAAAGACGAUUCAUUGCACGGCCUAGACUCCUGUGCUAAAUGGCUAGGUGAAGGACUAAUAUUAAUCCAGAACGAGUCUCACAGUCCUACUAAGGUAGCCAUUGGUAACCAAGUAUAUCUCAAGUGAGAUCUUCUUGCUCCAUUCAAUGGCUAGAACCAUGAAGAAUAUUGCUGUUUCUUUGGCUAUAUGUUUAGCUUAUCCAUUGAUCAGUGCAGCGCUACAGGACAAAGACCACAAAAGUGGAAGAUCCUCUGAUGGUGGUGGCGGUGGACACACUCCAGAAGUACCUACUAGUCUCCAGAUUGUCACAUUUAAAUGGCAUCAUGUUCAAGAGCCUUACAUUAUCGCUUUAUGGAUUCUUGUGGCAAGUCUAGCUAAAAUCGUAUUCCACAUAUCCCACAAAGUGACCACUGUGGUGCCAGAGAGCUGUCUUCUGAUUGUACUUGGUCUGCUGCUGGGUGGUAUAGUAUGGGCUGCAGAUCACAUUGCUUCCUUCACCUUAACACCAACAGUGUUCUUCUUUUACUUAUUGCCACCCAUUGUAUUGGACGCUGGGUACUUCAUGCCAAAUAGGCUGUUCUUUGGAAAUCUGGGUACCAUUCUUCUGUAUGCAGUUAUUGGAACAGUGUGGAAUGCUGCCACAACAGGUCUUUCACUGUAUGGAGUUUACCUAACUGGAAUAAUGGGGGAUCUACAGAUUGGUGUCUUGGAGUUUCUUCUUUUUGGAAGCCUCAUUGCUGCUGUUGACCCAGUUGCAGUUCUUGCUGUCUUUGAAGAAGUCCAUGUCAAUGAUGUCUUAUUUAUCAUUGUUUUUGGUGAAUCUCUCCUGAAUGAUGCAGUUACAGUGGUACUGUAUAAUGUGUUUGAUUCUUUUGUUGCCAUUGGUGGUGAAAAUGUGAAUGGUGUGGAAUGUGUCAAAGGUGUUGUGUCUUUUUUUGUGGUGAGCAUUGGAGGAACUUUGGUUGGCAUUGUUUUUGCAUUCCUUCUUAGUUUGGUUACUCGAUUUACCAAGCAUGUGAGGAUAAUUGAACCUGGAUUUGUUUUUGUUAUUUCAUAUCUGUCCUACCUUACCUCAGAGAUGCUUUCUUUAUCUGCAAUUUUGGCCAUCACGUUUUGUGGAAUUUUCUGCCAGAAAUAUGUAAAGGCAAAUAUUUCAGAGCAAUCUGCAACUACAGUGAGAUAUACAAUGAAAAUGUUGGCAAGUGGGGCUGAAACUAUUGUCUUCAUGUUUUUGGGAAUUUCAGCUGUGGAUCCAAACAUCUGGGUGUGGAAUACUGCCUUCAUACUUUUGACCCUGCUUUUUAUCUCUGUUUACAGGAUUAUUGGUGUGGUUGUUCAAACAUGGAUUCUAAACCGCUACAGAAUGGUACAGCUUGAAAUAAUAGAUCAAGUGGUGAUGUCUUAUGGCGGUUUGAGAGGUGCUGUUGCCUUUGCUCUUGUUGCUCUACUAGAUGGUGAAAGAGUAAAAGCCAAGAACUUGUUUGUCAGUACAACUAUAAUUGUUGUAUAUUUUACAGUCAUAUUUCAGGGAUUAACCAUUAAGCCAUUGGUACGGUGGUUGAAAGUGAAGAGGAGUGAACAUCAUGAACGAAAACUAAAUGAAAAACUGCACGGAAGGGCAUUUGAUCACAUUUGCUCAGCUAUUGAAGAUAUCUCUGGGCAAAUUGGACACAAUUACAUGAGAGAUAAGAUUACAAAUUUUGAUGUAAAAUUUCUCAGCAAAAUAUUUAUGAGAAAAUCAGCCCAAAUAAAACGAGAUCGAAUUCUUAAUGUUUUCCAUGAGCUGAAUAUGAAGGAUGCUAUAAGUUAUGUUGCAGAGGGAGAACGAAGAGGAUCACUGGCUUUCAUUCGCUCACCAAGCAUGGAAAACAUGGCUAAUGUAGAUUUUAGUAGCCCACAUCCAUCUGUUUCUGAACCAUCUGUUUCCUACUUCUUAAGAGAAAAUGUUAGUGCAGUUUGCCUAGACAUGCAGGCUCUGGAGCAGCGGCGGAAAAGUGUAAGAGAUUUAGAAGAUAUAUUAAGUCACCAUACUUUGCAGCAAUAUCUGUAUAAACCAAGGCGACAGCAAAAACACCUAUAUAGUCGUCAUGAAGUUACAAUAGAUGAAAAUGAGAUGGAAACAAAGGAGAUAUUUCAGAGAACAAUGAAGAAGCGCCUUGAGUCCUUUAAAUCAACUAAAUUUGGUCGCAAACAAACAAAGCAUAUAAACAAGAAUUACAAAAGAGACAGAGGACAAAGAAGAAGCAGCAGCAUAGCAAUGCUACAGAAUGGAGGUGUUCCUUAUGAAAACAAACUACAUGAAAUGGAUCUUGGUCUGGAAGACACAAUGGAAUAUGAUGCCCAGCUUGAUGGCAGUAUAACUUUUUUAACAAAUAUAACAGAAAGCAAAGGAGAUCCAGCAUUUGGAAUUGAUAAUCCUGUAUUUUCAACUGAUGAUGAGCAAAAUAUGUCAAUGAAGUUUACACCAUGGCUGUACAAUGAGGAUGUUGUAGUUCCAUCCCAAAGGGCACGAAUACAGAUACCUUGUUCUCCAAGCAACUUUAGGAGGCUGACUCCUUUACGUAUAAGCAAUAGAUCAGUUGAUUCCUUUUUUAUAAAUGAUGGAACAGAGGAACAGCCAAGAUCUUUUCUACCAGAGACAACAAACAUGUAAUGAGACAUGUGGUACCUUUUAUUAUAUAGAACAUAUACAAUAGCCUAUCAUACCAGUAUAUUUACUUAUAUGUUUUUUCUAUUAUUAAAAUAUAUAUGCAAGACAUUGAUAAAUUACU